GUCGAUUUCGUACACACCCUCCAGUCUUGGACUUUAUCAAUAGAAAUAAUGUUUCGAUGUUAUAGUAUUUUUCUUUCUGGAAGUUCAUAUCAUAGUCAUUUUAUGGAUGGGAAAACUGAGGCACGGAGGGAGUGAAAUGUAUUGCCUUGAGGUGGUCCUUACAAAAUUGUGCCUAGAUAAGAAACUCAUGAACCCUAAUUCUCCAGGCAAAAUCUUUUUCCAUUGGAUUCCUACCCAAGUUCGACAUAUUAAAUCCACUCAAAGUUUGCGUAAUUUGGUGAUAACUGCUGCAAAGUUUGAGUUCUUGACACCAAACCCUGUGGGGUGUGGGGUGGUGGCCAGAGUAAUCAUGACCUUGACCUCUGUAAAGGGCUUCAAACUUCAUGCGCUCCACAGCCACUGUGCAGGACAUUAGUCGUGUCUCCCUUUUACAGACGAAGACGAGGAGGCCAGAACUCAGAGGCGUUUGGCAGCCUGUCAGAGAACACAGUUAUUAGCAAAGGGCAGAAGUAGGGCUGCAACUCAGGUCUUCUGAGUCCAAGUUCAGUGACAACACAGUCUGGGGAAAAGAGGUUACCUGCUUUCUAUUGGGAGACUUCCAGGAGACUGCAGGAGGUGGGAGAAACCAGUGCCUGUAGACGGCAGCCCGUACGUUAGCACAAAAGGGAAUUAUCACUGUUAGGCAUGUGACACAAUGACACAGAAGUGCUGGGCACUGCAGGGGUCUAUGAAGAACGCACCGAGGACAAAUGCGUACGUGACGGCCUCUCUGUGUCAGCUUCUCAUCUGGAUGAUCCUGCUACGAGAGGAAAGCAUUUAUAUUCCACCUAUGGCUGGAAGCAAUGGAGUAGCUGUGGUGCAUGGAGGGCCAAACUGAGAGUGUGAUUUACAGCAGAAACUUACCCUAGGCAUUCGGGACAAUUACAAAGAAAGCCCGUGCUCUCCAUAUUUCCGUAUCUCCAGGAGUGGAAUCGCAUCUGAAGCAGGUGAAGGACACAGUGGGAGGGACCUCAGGGAAGCUGGGCAAAGAGUCCAGAGCCACCCGAAUCUCCCGCGUUCUACCAUCACAGAGGUGCCCACUACAAAACUCAUUUGUCUGGAUCCACUACUGGGAGGGAACCUCCAGUUUGCUUAUCAAACCCAAAUUGACCUGUUGUGUUUCAGGCCAGUGAGUAGAUUCUGAGUGUAAAAACUCUGCUGAGCUCUACUGGCAUAUACACAUUUCUCGGUAUGUCAGUUCAGACUCCAGCCAGGUAGAGAGGCCUGUUUAUCUCUUAAUUGUGUUUACUCGAGUCAUCCUGGAGGACUCUAAUUACUCAGAGAAGCAGUAGCAGCAGAGAUCCGCUGGGAGACAGCGGGGAAUAUGAGUACGCAGAGCGUCCCCGUACUCUGGUUCCCAGUGCUCUGUAAAACACAGGCUCCUUGGAGGGUAAGUGCGGGCUCUGAGCAUGACCAUCUGAGCCAUGAGCCGGAGCUUGGUAAUUUCAGACUUUCAGAAGAAGCUGCUCAUUCCUGAUGACCCUGGUUUCUAAGUUGACACAAUUACUAAGACUUGCAUGGGUGGUGUGAGAACUGGAGUGUUUUUAUGAUUCUGCUUAUUUUUGCCAACAUUUGUUCAUCUGUCACAUUUACAAUGUGCCAUUCUCUCUCCUCACCACUGUACAUGUAUGAACACAUUUCAUACAACCAUGUGAGUACAUCCAUCCAGAUGAGAAGCUGACACAGAGAGGUUAAGCAACUUUACCGAAGUCACACUGCUAGUAGUUGAAGGCACUAGGAUCUAUCUAUAAUUUACGUCAUUUAGCUAAAUCUGAGGAUUUUGCAGACUGUCCAAUCAAACAUGUGACAUUUCCACGUGACACUUCUGGGUGCUGUGUGGAAGAUACAGAGGACGUGUAGACAGGGCUCAUGGUGUCCUUGCAGAUUUCGGCAGUCAUCUCGACGCUAAAAUGUUGCUCAUUUUAUUCACCUAUAUACCGGUAGUAUGAUUUUCUAACUAGAUAAGACCUUACACGGCCAAUCCUAUUUAUUAUCCUGUUUUGAAACAGGGAAGGCAACUUUAGACCCAGAGGGGCCCAACUUGCUGAUUAAUUCAUCCAUCAACAGCUAGAGAAGGGCUAGGAGUAAAUCCAACGCCAGAAGCCAGCUUUUCUAACAACUUAGGCGGCUUCCACCUUCUUGGUGGCAUUCGGGACGGAGAGGUGGCAUUAGAACAACGGUACAAAGCGACGUCCACUGCUCUACCCCAAGUGUGUCAAUGCUCCGUCAAUUCCAUCUCCCUUGUUCACUUCCACCACACUUUGAUCCUUCACACUUUGAUCCUUCACUCAAUUGGUUUAACCUUUACUGAUCCGUACUCCUCGCUUUUUCCUGCCUCCGAAUGAAACGAGACCGGGACGCCCCUCAGCCAGACCGGGCUGGAGACGGGAUGAAGCUGACCUGCUCCCCGGCCUUUAUCGGGGAGCCUCAGAAGUAGCACAAAAAUGCUCCAUAAUGUCUUCCUCCGCAGGAACAAAAGCAGGAGGCUGAAAAUGAAAGCAGGCUGUAGCAUCGUGGAAAAGCCAGAAGGAGGUGGAGGGUAUCAGUUCCCUGACUGGGCCUAUAAGACAGAGUCAUCCCCGGGCUCCCGGCAGAUCCAGCUGUGGCACUUCAUCCUGGAGCUGCUGCAGAAGGAGGAGUUCCGCCAUGUCAUCGCCUGGCAGCAGGGAGAGUAUGGGGAGUUUGUCAUCAAGGAUCCCGACGAGGUGGCCCGCCUCUGGGGCCGCAGGAAGUGCAAACCACAGAUGAACUACGACAAGCUGAGCCGGGCCCUCAGAUACUAUUACAACAAGAGGAUUCUCCAUAAAACAAAAGGGAAAAGGUUCACGUACAAAUUUAACUUCAACAAGCUGGUGAUGCCCAACUACCCAUUCCUCAACAUCCGGCCAAGUGGUGUGGUUCCCCAGAGCGCGCCACCAGUGCCAACGGCCUCCUCCCGGUUCCACUUCCCACCUCUGGACGCGCCCUCUCCAAGUAGUGACGUGCAGCCAGGGCGCUUCUCUGCCAGCUCCCUGGCAGCCUCUGGCCAGGAGCUGAGUAAUGGCGCCGAGAGGAAGGCGGAGCUCUCGGAGCUAGAGGACGGCGCGGCCGACUGGCGCCGGGGCGUGGAUCUCAUGGCCUCCCGGAACGCCGUCGGGGGAGGAGGCAUUGGCCAUCAGAAGCGCAAGCCUGACAUCAUGCUUCCGCUGUUCACCAGGCCGGGGCUCUACCCUGACCCCCACAGUCCCUUCGCCGUCUCCCCAAUCGCUGGCCGCGGAGGCGUCCUGAACGUCCCCAUUUCCCCAGCCCUGUCCCUGACUCCCACCAUCUUCUCCUACAGCCCGUCUCCAGGCCUGAGCCCUUUCACCAGCAGCAGUUGCUUCUCCUUCAACCCUGAGGAAAUGAAACACUACCUUCAUUCUCAAGCCUGUUCAGUGUUCAACUACCAUCUGAGUCCCCGGACAUUUCCGCGUUACCCGGGGCUCAUGGUCCCACCACUGCAGUGCCAAGUGCUUCCCGAGGAGCCGGCCCAGUUUUCUAUCAAGCUGCAGCCCCCACCCGUGGGGCGGAAGAACCGCGAGAGGGCAGAGAGCAGCGAGCAGCCGGCGGCUGUCCCCACUCCCACCGCUGCCACGGCUCCUCUGACCCCGAGAGUUAAGGUGGAGCCCGCCUCUGAGAAGGACCCCGAGAGUCUGCGGCAGUCGGCCCGAGAGAAGGAGGGACACUCGCAAGAAGAGGGCGCUGUGCCAGGCAGGACCACAGAAGAGGGAAAGGGCGCUGUCUUUGCCCGCCCGGCUGCACCCCGUGUGUGGCCCUCUGCACCCAUCAGCGCCUCAAGUGAAGGAGCCCUGGAAGUGACUGAAGACAGUGACGACGGGCCUGGCAAGGAGCCCAGUGCACCUGAGAAGAAAGAAGACGCCCUGAUGCCCCCCAAGCUUCGGCUGAAGCGGCGCUGGAAUGAUGACCCUGGAGCUCAAGGGCUGAGCAAGGGUGGCCGGCCCCCGUGGGACGCGCCGGGGCCGCGGGGUUUGGCGACAGCAGCCGCGGACGCUUAGACCUGGAGGUGGGGGGGCUGUCUGUACUAUAAUCAGAUACAUGUAUUUAUGUAGCAAGAUUGCGGGGGGCUUAGACUUGUAUUUUUACAUUUGGGGAUGGGAUGGGGUGUCUUCUGUUGUAAAUUAGGUGAGAUAUGAACACACUUUUUUCCUGGGGCGUAGGGCACAGGGGGAUUGACUGAAAGGAGAGACCGCCUCCGCUUCCUGUCGAGGCUCGUACUCUCUGACAAACUCCCAAAGGGCAGAGACAAUGCCAGUCCCGGGCUUGUUCAGGUUCUAGGCUUCUUUCUUUCUCUGGUAUUUCUCCAUGGAAAGCCAUCAAUGAACUCACAUUGCUCUGAGAGGGACGCACAGAAGGGGAACGAGCGUGGUUGGGAGGGUGGGCGGCUGAGCAGUGAGACACCAUUGACAAACGCGUUGGCCUGAGAUGGUUCUUUAUAAUUGUUUCAAGGGAAGAAUAAGGUCAUCUCAGUCCUGGGGGGGGGGUGUUCGUAUGUGGCUCUUGUCCUUUGUUUGGCAUUUUUUUCUUUUCUUCUAAAAAACUGUUUUCAGGAAACACGAAACAUCUGCCAGUGAGAGUACAGCUGGGAGGCGCGGGCACCGAGCUGGGCUGCAUGGGUGACACAAGGCUCGCUGUGAAUUCCUGGACUUUUCACCUACUUCACCUGUUCAGAAGCCAUGAGGAGUUGUACACUCUUGUUCAGGGAAGGAAGAAAGGGCAGGAGGAAGUAACCCAAUGCCUUUAAAAACAAAGCAGACACAAAAAUGAUCUUUAUUUUUCCUUUUCCAUCGUGGGUGUGGGGAGCCAAACCAGAGCUGGCUAUGCGUGAGGUCACGGAGAGGCAUGACGGCGUUGAAGAGGGCUUUCCGCUGAGUAUGCUUCUCUUUUCGUUUUCUUAAGUCAAGCCUUAACAAUGGACAUACUUUAACGCGAUACGGGUCUGUCAGCGUGAGCCCGUGAAAGGGCGUGGACAACUUUUCAGAUAAUCCAGGAAUGUGGAAGAGUGGUUCAGCGCGAGCUGCUCUGUAGUCUCCCCGCUUGGUCUGGUGUGCCUGGAUGGGCAGUCAAAGGCGGGUGGUACCUGGAAACACAGGAGGUAGCUGGGGGCACAGUGGGUGUUUGUUGGACCUGAAGGGAGAGGUGGGCGGCGCUACACUAGGCAGCCAGAUGCCAGAGGCCGGGAGUGAGGUGGUGGCGUCUGUCCUGUUGUGUUCUUGCUGUUCUUGCCAUACCCGUUCCCCAGGUCCUGAUUCUCGAUUGGUGGGCUGUUCUGUGUGAGACUCCAGUUUACACAGGAAGUGUUUCUUCAUGGGAAGUGUCCUUCCAUCAACUUCACAGGAAGGGGAAAGCAUUGAUCUUAUAUGAAGCAAAAAGGGCCCUGGACUGGGGCAGAGAAGCUGUGUGUGUGUGUGUGUGUGUGUGUGUGUCCAUCCGUCUGUGUGGUGUGUGGACAUACCUAACUGGCUGAGAUCACGGGACAUGAGGAUAGCGGGGAGGGAAGUGACUCCAUAUCUGACGGGAGAGGAGUGGGCAUGGAUGCCAUCUGGGAAGGAGGAGGUCCUGACUCCACCUUAGCCGAAGCGGGCUCUGUACUGGGAAGCGUUGGAGGGCUGUCCAUUACUGUUGGC